CUGAUGUCGUGCAGCCCAGACUGUAUAUCUGACACGUGUGUGCAUAAAGGCAGCAAGCACACACAGUCAGUCAUAUGAAGCAUACAUGUGGGGAAGCCGUCCUCCUCCGUGUGUGCAGGCUUCCAGGCUCUGAUGCUAUUUAUAUGAUGGGGUGGACUGAGCGUGGGUGCGAGGAACAGCGCGUUUCUAUAGUGAAUCAAUUAGCAGCAGUCAGUCAGAGCAGUAGCUGCCAUGAGCAAGUCCCUGCCGGCAUUUCCUUUAUGUUUCUUUCUCUGCAUUUAUCACAUGAGCAGCGCUAGUCAGUAGCAGGACCUAUUACUCCUCUUCUUCUCGGCGAUUUGCCCCUGCCUGCCUGCAAUGUUCCCCUCCGGUCACUUUCCCUGGGUGGUAUGUCAGUGCUGAUAGAAGGCGUACUACGAGACUUGCAUGAAAAGGAUUACUGCGCUCUGGAGUACAGUCAUCCAAGUCUGUAUUCUGUAAGACACACAAGCUUUGCAUCACACAAUGAAAGAGAUAAUGUCUAACAACAGCACAACUAACAUCUCUCAAGCACGAAAAGCAGUGGAGCAGCUCAAGAUGGAAGCUUGCAUGGAUAGAAUAAAGAUAUCCAAAGCUGCAGCAGAUUUGAUGGCGUAUUGUGAUGCUCACACUAGAGAGGACCCACUUAUUCUUCCAGUGCCUGCCUCAGAAAACCCAUUUAGGGAGAAGAAAUUCUUUUGUACUAUUCUUUAAAGUGGUUUUGUUUGUUCUGAAACAGACAUUAUGCAUGACAGUAGCAUAAUAGGACUCUAAUUUAAAUGAUAGUUUACACAAUAAUUCAGAAACGUUACAACAAAUCCAGCCAAAUUCUAGGAAUAGCCACAUGCUAUGGGGAAGUCACUGAGUAUUGCCAAUUCAGGGGGUGUUAGCAUUUCUUCUGGCAGGACCAAGAAGCAUUACAAAGAACUUAAUUCUAAAAAGGUCUAAGCAUACUGAGGCUUAUUGUCAAUUGACUUACUUUUACACCCUCUUCUCCUAGAUAGACAUUUCAGUAGAGUGGGUGGACAUCCCCUUUAUACAAACGUACAAUGGAAGUGCUCUCUCUACAAAUAAAUACAAUGCUCCAUAA